CUUCCAUUCCGUGACAUGACCGUGAUCGUAUUUUUCAGCACAGAUUACUAAUAAUAAUAUGUCUACUUUGUGUCUUUUGAUUCAUUAAAUGUUUUACUAAAUUGUCAGUUUAUUUAAUUAUGAAAUCGUACCUAAAUAAAUUUCAGAUAUUAUUAUAAAGAAUUUAUGCUAAUAAUGCUGUGCAAGUGUAAAAUAAAGUGUCGAAAUUUAAAUCAAAUAUGGUGACCUUGAUUGUAGCAGCUGUCAACAUAACCAAUUUUCGAGUGCUCAGAAAAACGAUAUAAACAUUGUUUAUUCGGGAAUAACCAUCAUGAGGACUGUUGAUGCUCAUCUUCUUGACGGGAAGAUUGAGGAGACUGUCACCCACUACAUAACAUCACAUCAUGCUGGCGAGGCCGCGCAUGUUGAUACCAACGGGCUCACUCUUAAUGUGCAAGACGAUGGAGGAGGCAGGGUAGUGACUGUGAUGCACCCUCAUAACUUCACGCCAAACAUGUGCAGGCAAGUGACAGUCGGAGAUCAAGUAGGUGAUGGGCCAUGGAAUGAAGAGUUACUGGAUACAGAUGGGCGUAUUGCAGCACUGGUGGCCCACCUCGCCCAGCACUCCAGGACUUCACACCAACAGCACCCACAGCAUAUGAAGGUGACUUCUGUAAGGGGAGAUGUUGAUACGUCUGUGAUUUUGGAUGCACCUAUGAGACUGUUCAAUGGGCAAACUUUGGAACAGCCUCCCGACAGUGGUUUGGUAGAAGAGGUGGGACAAUUACCUCCCCUACCACCGUUGCAGGAGAUGAAGCGAUGCCAGGGUGACUGGUUCAACAACAACACUAAGACUAUACUCAAGGAUGACGCCCAAAUAUUAACGGAUUCGGACGGGCCGGUAUUGGAGCUGAGCGCAGGCGCCUCCCCUGCUCAGAGCAAGCAGAGCAAGAAGAGUCUACCUCACAAGAAGAGGAUAUCGAGGAAGCUGAAGAGGAACACGGGGAAUAGCACUCCUCAGCAGGGUAUAGUGGUGAUCAACUGCUCUGAGGAAGUGCAACAAGAAGAGAUAUUACCAGAUAACUUUGUUGCUGCCGUGCAGCAUCAACAACAUUUACCUGAUGAGAAUCAUCAUAUAACGCACGAGGUGCGGCCGAUCUACAUCUGUCAACUGUGCGGCGAGUUUUACGGCGACGAACAACUGAAGUUCUACCACCACCUCAAACAACACUACGAACCUCACAACACUAUUAUCAUAGAGAACCCGGUCACCGAUCUAAAUAUAGACAAGAUGGCCAGUACUUGUAUAGUAGACAACGUGGCGACCUUACCAGACUCUAUAGUAGAAUUAUCCCUAGAGAACACAGUGCCAAAGACAAUGUACCAGCCCAUAGACAAACAUAUCCUGUACACCUCCAGCGAAAAGACACUCAAUUACGCCAACAAUAAGGUGCAAUAUUCCAUGGCGAGUAUAGAGAAAGAGGCUGUGCCGAAUCCAGAGGCGGACAAAGGUGAUCUGUACGAGACUUUGGAAAAACUAGAACUAUAUAGUUGUGUGAAGUGUAAUAAGUCAUUUAGGAAACAAAAACAGUGCGAGAUGCAUAUCAAAGAAGUACACGGGAAUGCUAAGCUAGAAGACAUAAACGAGUUCAGCGAGCCGGAAGACCUGAUGGAAGGCAUCCACGUGGCGGUGGAAGAUGGCGGUGAACACUACGAGCAACCUUUACUGCCUCAUCUUACUGUAGACAGUGGCCAUGUUCAUCAGGACCACGUGAGGCAUUGGUACAUGCGCAACGGUAAUAGCGCCGCGUGCCCCGGCGGUGGGGCAUGCGGGGCUGGUGGGGCGUGCGGGUCGGGCGGCGCCUACUGCCCCGUGUGCCCGCCGCGACCCACUGAACCUCCGCUCAAGGAGGAAGUCCUCCAGAGGAUAUUCGAGACGGAAGUCUCGAAUGGCGAGACCAACUUCUCUGAAAACAUAAUUCCGGAUAACCCGGAGGUGCCGGAACAACCGCCUUCACCGCCGGAAAAGAAGCCAGUGAUUGAGAAGAAACCCAAGCGGUUCGAGUGCCAGCAUUGUUCUAGAGUGUUCCAGCAUAGAAAUAGUCUGAUGUACCACGUGCUGUCUCAUAGUGAUAAACAACAGAAGUGUCAGUGCGGAAAGAGCUUCUACACUGUAGCAGCUUUGAAGGUUCACAAACGCGUGCACAACGACGACAGGCCUUGCAAGUGCGACGAGUGCGGCCGACGAUUCCGUCAGUGGAGCGACCUCAAGUACCACAAGAGCUCCAUACAUUCCACACAGAAACAUUUCAAGUGCGACUUUUGCGGUAAACAAUUCGCCCGCAAAUACUCGCUGAACCUCCAUCGUAAGAUUCAUACUGGCGAGCGCGACUACAAGUGCGAAUACUGUGAUAAAAGCUUCAGAGCUUCUUCAUACAGACUCAGCCAUAUGAGGACGCAUACAGGCGACCGUCCAUACAAAUGCAACGAAUGCGAGAAAUGCUUCCGCGCCGCCGGCGAUCUACGCCGACACGCUUUAACUCACGACAAACUACGAAACCGCCUCGACGAGGCGAAGUCCCGCUCGCAAUCCCGUCGCCACCCCCCCGCGCCCCCUCCGAGACCCCCCACGCCCCCUCCCAGACCCCCCCUCCUCCGUAAAACCGCCCCCAAAAUCACCCCGCCCCCCAAAAAGCCCCCCAAACCCAAAAAGAACGCGCUAAAGAAAUCCUCCGCGCCAAACGUCACCGUAUCUCAGUCAGACUUCAAACUAACCGGUUACGAGACCUCCGAAAGCCCGACUGAAGUCUUCGACACGCGACAAGUGGACUACAAAUUCAAAGAGGUUUACAACGACGAAGCCGAUUACUCCAAAAUGAAAGAUUAUGACGCACAACCGUACAAAGAUGGCGAGAGGCUGAGCGACAAACCCAGAAAGAACGCGCUGAGGAAAGCUUCCGCGCCAAACGUCACCGUGACGCGGUCAGACUUCAAACUGACCGGUUACGAGACCUCCGAAAGCCCGACGGAAGUUUUCGACACGCGACAAGUCGAAUACAAGUUCAAAGAAGUUUACAGCGACGAAAGCGAUUACUCCAAAGUGAAAGAUUAUGACGCGCAACCGUACAAAGAUAGCGAGAGAGUGAGCGAGAGGGAGUUAACCGUAUUCCGGGGCCAGUUGUGCGAAAGAGACAACACGGACGGCAAGUUACAAGUCUUCACUCACAUAGAGAAGACUAAAGAUUACGCAGGGCCUAUAGUUACAAAUCCUGUGUCUUUGGGUGAUAUGAGACAUUUGGAUAGGGACGUAAGAGAUACCCGGGUAGACGGAAUGCAAGGAGAGACGAUAGAGAAUGCGUUUUUUGAAAGACUGACGGCGCUGUAUAAUAUACCCACCUGA